AUGGCGCAAUGGAUUCACGCCUCAGCAGACAGCCGCAAUUCUCCGCGAGCACCCUGCCGAACACUACAGGUCACGGGCGGCCUCAUCAUCGUGCCACGGAUUCCCCCUGGCGUCGGUGAGGUUGUGAAAAGAUACCCACUCACAACCCUCCCCAGCGUACCUCACUUCCCAGAAGAAGACUUGAAGCUCCGAGCCACGAGCAUCCGCGUGCGCAGGGGCGGCAACUGCCCCAACACGAUGGAAGUUCUCCAGCAGCUCCUCCGCGCAAGAGACCUCCCUCCCCCGACAACCGGCGGCGGCCCCCUGAAAAUGCAUCUCGUCUCGCCUCUGCCGGAACGCCAUUCCCAGGCGACGGCGCAGAUAAUCUCCUCGUUCCCGCCAGGGCCAGACGCCGCCGCCGACGCCGCCGCAAUCAACUUUGAGCACUGCCUGUUCCGCGAGGGCCACCAGGCGCCGGCGAGCAGCUACAUUUUUCGCAGCGAGGCCACCGGCAGCCGGACCAUUGUAAACCACAAUGAGCUGCUCGACAUGACAACAGACGAGUUCCUCGACGUCGUCGAGGCGUUCCGCGGCCAAGGGGGCCGGACAUGGUGGCACUUUGAGGGACGGGUCCCGGAGACGACGCUGGGUUGCAUUCGGGCUCUUCGGCGGGUGCUGGGCGACGGCGACGGCGACGACGCGGCGACCGUCAGCGUCGAGGUUGAGAGGCCUGGCAGGGCGGGGUUGAGAGAGCUCGCUGCGGAGGCGGACGUGGUGUUUUACUCUAAGAGCUGGGCAGAGGACUGCGGGUACUUAUCCGCUGAAGACUGUCUGCGGAAAGAGUCGCUGACGCUGCCACGGGCGUCGUUGGCCAUGGUUACGUGGGGUGCUGAGGGAGCAUGGUGCAUGUCACUCAAGGACCGGCAGCUUGUCAAAAGCCCAGUCAAGACGCCGGUGAAGCAAGUCGUCGACUCGGUUGGUGCGGGAGACACAUUUGUCGCGGGCAUGCUGUACGGACUGAUUUGCCAGGCCGAGACUUGGGACGUGGCGCACAAGUUGGGUUUCGCCGUUGCACUCGCCACGCUCAAAGUCCAGCGAGAGGGGUUCGGUGGACUGGGAGACGAUAUUCGUAUGGAUGUGCAAAGUUGCGCUGACGGUGGGCCAUCCGUCAGGCGUUGA